AUGAUCCAUCCUACACAUACUCAUCCGAAACAUACUGGUAAAUCGAAACAUACUGGUCAACCAAAUUCACCUGGUGAUGAUCCACAUCAUACUGGUCCACCAAAUCCACAUACUGGUCCACCAAAUCCACAUCAUACUGGUCCACCAAAUCCACAUACUGGUCCACCAAAUCCACAUACUGGUCCACCAAAUCCACAUACUGGUCCACCAAAUCCACAUCAUACUGGUCCACCAGAUCCACAUACUGGUCCACCAAAUCCACAUCAUACUGGUCCACCAAAUCCACAUCAUACUGGUCCACAAAAUCCACCAAAUCCACAUCAUACUGGUUCACCAGAUCAACAUCGUGAUCCAUCAAAGCCACAUAAAACAGGCUCUCACGGUUCCGAUCACGGUGGUCACGGUUCCGGUCACGAUCACGGUCCCGGUCACGAUCACGGUUCCGGUCACGAUCACGGUUCCGGUCACGAUCACGGUUCCGGUCACGAUCACG